AUGUCUGCACUUCGAAAGAAAUUUGGGGACGAUUACCAGGUAGUGACCACUUCCUCGAGCGGGUCCGGCUUCAGUCAGCCUCCACCGGAGAAGAAGAGAAAGAGACAGCGCUUUGUGGACAAAAACGGGCGAUGUAACGUCCAGCAUGGGAACCUGGGUGGUGAGACCAGCAGAUACCUCUCAGACUUGUUCACGACUCUGGUGGAUUUGAAAUGGCGCUGGAAUCUCUUCAUCUUCAUCCUCACCUACACGGUGGCUUGGCUCUUCAUGGCCUCCAUGUGGUGGUUAAUCGCCUACAUGCGGGGGGACCUCAACAAAGCCCACAACGACCAGUACACGCCGUGUGUGGCCAACGUCUACAACUUCCCCUCAGCCUUCCUCUUCUUCAUAGAGACCGAGGCUACUAUAGGCUACGGCUACAGGUACAUCACGGACAAGUGCCCCGAAGGCAUCAUCCUCUUUCUGUUCCAGUCCAUCCUGGGCUCCAUCGUCGAUGCCUUUCUGAUCGGAUGCAUGUUUAUCAAAAUGUCUCAGCCCAAGAAGAGGGCCGAGACAUUGAUGUUCAGUGAGCACGCCGCUAUCUCCAUGCGUGAUGGCAAACUAACUCUCAUGUUCAGGGUGGGCAACCUGCGUAACAGCCAUAUGGUCUCCGCACAGAUCCGCUGCAAACUGCUCAAAUCCCGGCAAACCCCAGAGGGAGAGUUCCUUCCUCUGGACCAGUUGGAGCUGGACGUGGGCUUCAGCACCGGCGCAGAUCAGCUCUUCCUGGUGUCUCCUCUCACCAUCUGCCACGUCAUCGACACCAAGAGCCCCUUCUACGACCUGUCCCAGCGCUCCAUGCAGACGGAGCAGUUUGAGAUCGUCGUCAUCCUGGAGGGAAUCGUAGAGACCACAGGGAUGACCUGCCAAGCCCGGACGUCCUACACCGAAGACGAGGUACUGUGGGGCCACCGCUUCUUCCCGGUCAUCUCUCUGGAGGAGGGCUUCUUUAAGGUGGACUACUCCCAAUUCCACGCCACGUUCGAAGUCCCAACCCCUCCCUACAGCGUCAAGGAGCAAGAGGAGGCGUUGCUACUAUCAUCUCCGCUCAUGGCUCCCUCUUUGUGCAAUAGCGGGUUGAUGGGGGAUAAGAACACCUCCAUGGACUGCCUGGAGACUCUCGAGGACAAUGACAGCACGACCAAGCUGCCCACCAAACUCCAGAAGAUGACGGGGAGAGACGGAUUGCCGAAAAAGUUGCUACGGAUGAGUUCCACGACUUCGGAAAUGACGUACAGUUUCGGAGACCUCCCGAUGAAGCUGCAGAGGAUCAGUUCGGUCCCGGGGGUGUCCGACGAUAAACAGGGCGCCAAGGCUUCCAAAAUCACAGAGCCCAUGAGCAAGUCGGUGGCGGACUUGCCCCCGAAACUGCAACGACUUGCGGGGGGCCCUGGCGGCAGGAUGGACGGACAUUUACCGCCCAAACUUAGAAAGAUGAACUCCGAUCGCUUUACAUAA